AUGUUGCUCAAAAACAUUUUGAAAGGACAAGUGAAUUAUAAGAACGCUAGUUAUAUCAAUAUAGAAAAAGAUAUAAACAACAAAAUAAAUAAAAUUUUAAAUUUGAUAGUAUACGAUGUGAAUAAAAAGAAAAAUAUAUCAUGUUCAUAUAUCAUUGAUUAUAUAAAAUAUAUGAAUAAACAUGUUUAUAAACUAAAAGAUGAACAAGAUUUAAUUCCGGAUUCAAAAGAUAAUGUAUAUAUUCAGUGGAAAUAUUAUAAUAAUAUUACUGUCAAUGUAUUAAAAGAAUAUAUGAAGAAAUGUCAUAGAAAUAAUAUUGAUUGUAAUUAUAAUUAUGAAAAGAAAAAAAAAAUUCAAUCUUCCAGUUAUACAACUAAUGAUACAUCGCCAUUAUUUACAUUUAAUGUAAUAAAUAAUUAUGCUGCGACAAAAGAAAAAGAAAUAAAACAUGAUAUGUAUUAUGACAAGUGUAAUAACAUAGGAAAUAAAAAUGUAUCAUAUGAAAAAAAUAUAAUAAAAUUACAAACAUGUCAAGAAGAAAUACCCUGUGAAAUUCAAAAUGAUAAUCUUAUAGAUAAUCAUAUGAUUUACAAAAUGAAUAAUAUUCAGGGACAUAUAUGUGAGAACUAUGUAAACAAUGAUAAAAAUAUAUUAAAUAAUUCUUUAUAUAUAUAUUAUAAUAUUCCUAAUUUGAAUUAUAUAAAAUAUAUGUGGUUACAUCAUUCUUUAGUUAUAUUCAAAUUAUUAAUUGAUACAAAUUUAAAAGUUGAUAUUAAGAGACAAUUUAAUAUGACAAAAAUAAUUGUUAGUCUUCUAAAACAAUUAAAUAAUAGUAAUAGUAGUAAUAAUAAUAAUAUCAUAGAUGUUGAUUUAUAUCUUUCUUAUUUUUAUUUAUUAUCUAAAAUUAAUAUGAUAGAUAAACAUAUGGUUAUUCAACUAUGUACAUUUUUUAAGAAGGAUUAUAAAAAUCUAAGUGAUUUAAAUAAGUUUUAUCUAUUAAGGUGUAUAUAUAAUUUUGAUUAUUCCUCAAAAAACUUUCAACAAAUAUUGAAUUAUUUGCAAAAGUAUUUCUAUACGUUAAUAAAAAAACACUACCUAGAAAAUAAUACUAAUUAUAAUUAUGACAAUUAUAUUCACUCUAAGGAUGAACAGAAAGAAAUAAGUUCGAAGAGUAUAUGUUAUAAUAUAGAUAGUACACAAACAGAAGGAGAUAAAACUGAAAUGUCAACAUUAAAGAAAUAUACAAACAAUAUAAUUACAAAUUCAAAUAUAAAUGAAAGUGAAAAUAUACAUUCAAAUAGUAUUAAUAUAGACUUGAAAAAAAAUAUAAUAUAUAAUAUUAAUUAUAGUAACAGUGAUGAUGCAUAUAACAACGCAGAUGUAAAUAAUAGUUUAUUCUCAUCUUCAUAUAACAUGUACAACACAGAUAUGUCUUAUCAUGUAUUAUCUAAAAAAAAAGGAAAUAAAAAUUGUGACAAUUUAUUUUUUCAUAAUUAUUUGUUGGAAAUAUUUGAAGUAUUAUUUAAACGUAAAAAACAUAUAAGCCUUCUAGAUAGAACAAUAUUUAAAUGUGUUGUAAAUAAAGAAGUGUCAAUAUAUAAUAAAAUUAAUUUAGAUCUUUUUAAAAAUAUAGUAAAAUUAUGUGAUGAAGAAUUAAUAUUUUUUCUCUUUAAUAAAAUAAUACAAGAUAUAGAAAAUUAUGAUAAUUUAGAAAUAUACCAUCUUUUGACAUAUUUGAAAAAAUAUGAAGAAAACAAUUCAAUGUUUUAUUUUUACAAGUUCUUUCAUAUGUUGAAGGAAAAACAAUUUGAAUAUAUGAACAUAAAACAUGUUAUAUAUAUUUAUAUUUACAUAAAUAGAUAUUUAAAUAAAGAAUUUAAGAAACAGCAAAAAAAAAAAAUGAAAGACCUCAUAAGUAUAAACAUAAACGACCAAAUAAAUGAAAUAUAUAAUGUGGACAAUAUGAUAAAUAUGCUAAAUAAGAAAUCUGAUUUUACAUCUCAAUAUGAGUAUAUAUACACGUUUUUAAAUUCUUAUAUAUAUAAUAUAAAUAAUUAUGAUAAUAAACGAAUAGUAAAAAAAAAAACAGAUGAUAUUCAUAAUGUUGAAAUUUUUAAUAAUCUCUUAAAUGAACAUAUUAAUCAAAAAGAUGAGGAUAUAAAAAAAGAUAAUUUUUGUUUAUCAGAAGAUAAAAGUAAAAUGAAAAUAAAAAAUCAGUUCAUGUGUAUAGAACUUCUAAAUGAUAUAAAUAAAAAUACAACAACUGUAUUAACAACAAAAAUAAAUUAUAUAAAUAUAAAAUAUAUAAUUACCUUAUUAUAUAAUACUUGUCAAAUUAAAUAUGAAUAUCAAAUGAAUUUUGUUAUGAAUCUUUUUUUUCAUUUAUAUGAAGAAUAUUAUAUGUUAAUAAAUUUUUCACAUGUAUACAAAAUAUUGUUUCAGAAUUUUUUGUUCUACUACUACUACUACAAUGGAACUACUGAAUAUAUGAAGGAAAUAUAUGAUGCAAAUAAAGGAGAACAUAUUUAUAUGGAUAAAAGAAAUAAUCAUAUGAUGUAUAAAUAUGAGAAUAAAAUGAAACAAGUUUAUAAUUAUAUAAAUAGACGAUAUUUUAUAAAUGAACAUCAAUUAUAUGAUAUAAAUAAAUUUACUAUAUUAUUAAAUAUAUAUGAAAAAUAUCUUUUGAAUUUUAUUAAUUAUAACAUAUAUAAAAGUUCCAAAAUACAAAAUGAAAAAAUAAAUGAAAAGGAUAUUUUGAAGAAUUCGUUCUUUGUUAUAUAUAUAUAUACUCAUUUACAAUAUAUUAUUUUUAAUAAAAAAAGAAACUAUAAUGAUAAUAUUCCUUUGAAUAAUAUAGAAUUAAUAUUUAAAUAUAGUAAGCAAAUUAUAAAAAAGAUAAAUGUAUAUUUAAAGUCUAACAUAUUUGCAUUGGGUUAUAUACAAAAUAUGAAUAACUUUAAAUGUAAUGAUAAUAAUAAUAAUAAUAAUAUUAAUAAUUUCAAAAUGUGUAAACAUAUAACAUAUAAAUUCAACAAUGAAAUGGAAUGUAAUGUAAUACCAAAUAUUUUUUAUGAAAAGAACAAAUUUGAUAUAUCAUUAUUUGAAAGAUUAGAAGAUAAGAAAUUUUUAAAUAUAAAUAUUUCACCAUUUAUAAAUUGUCAUAAUAAUAAAGAAUAUGACAAUAUUACAAAUGAGAUAAUAUCUUAUAAUAUUAACAAUUCUAUAUUAAAUUUUGAAUAUAAUAUAGUUCCUUUAUUUUAUCAUAUCCUUCAAUAUAUAAACUAUAUAUGUACAUAUAUAUACUUUAACACAAAUACACAUGAAAAUAUAACUAUAAAAGAAUCAUUAAUUUUUAUUUCUUUGAUUUGUUUAAAAUAUAAUUUCAAUAUAUCAAAUCAUAAUAUUGUGAUCAUGAAUAAUAUUUAUAAAAUACUGACAAGUAUGCAUAUUAAUGAUAUUAAGAAAAAUAUUCUUUUUAUUAUAUCUCUAGAUUAUAUAAACAAAUCCUGUAAUGUUAACAAUAUUGUAAGGACAUUAUUUAGAUCUUCAAAAAAUGGAAAUUUCAAUUAUAAUUUUAAUAUAAAUUAUAUAUGUGAAAAUACAAGGUGUAAAAUUUUGGAAAGAUAUAUUAAAUAUUUAAAAAAGGUACAUAUUUCAUAA